AUGGCAGAAAUUCCAGCUGCAAUGACCAGCCCCCGCUCAGUCGGCCUUCCAGAGGCCCCAAACCCAGAUCCUUUGCCAGAAGCGCAAUGGCAUACCUUGCUGGCAGUCAUGGACACCGUCGUGUGCUCCUGUCGGAGAAACGAACCCCGUGACGUGGAUGAGGCAGGUCUUAGCGAUGCUGAAUACGAAAAGACCACGAUGCAUCUCAGGCAAAAUACUAGCCUUGAUCUUUCCGACACGUCCACAUUCGAUGCCUUCCUCGCCGAGAAACCCUCCGAAAUACCACUCUUUCAAGAUAUCCUGAAGCGGAUGUUGACCGGUUUUCCCCAUGAUAAACUAGCUACGCUUCACAGCGUACUCUCCCUGAUUGAUAACUGGACUACGACCCUCCCUCUUACCGGUCGUCUCACGUCAUUCUCCAAAUUGUCCAUCAAGGACCGGACACGUGUGCUGCACUCUUGGAGAACCAGCUCCUUGGCUAGUUUCCGCGUGCUGUUUAAGCAACUUUCGCAAAUCGCCAAGCAUGUUUAUCUUCGUGCGAGUCCUCUUUUCGACGAAGUCACUGGAUACCCAUCAGCCCCGUCUGGAUGGCACCCAAUCGAAUCCUACCCUUUCGAAUUUAUGGACUUCAACACAUCGCAAACUCCGAUUCAACUGGAAACAGAUGUCAUCGUCGUGGGCUCAGGUUGUGGUGCUGGUGUCGUCGCGAGGGCCAUCGCCACGGCAGGUCAUGGCGUCAUCGUCGUGGACAAAAGCUACCAUUUCCAAACGUCAUCGCUGCCUCUUGACCACAGCGAAGGCUUCUUCCAUCUUUUCGAACAAAGUGGUAUGCUAGCCUCAGAAGAUGGGUCCAUCACCGUCACAGCGGGAUCAUGCUUUGGCGGUGGUGGAACAGUCAACUGGAGCGCGUGCCUGCAGACCCAAAACACGGUGCGUGAUGAGUGGGCGGACGAGCGAAGUCUCACCUUUUUCAAAUCAUCCGAGUUCCAGACUCACCUUGAUUCUGUCUGCGAGCGCAUGGGCGUCAGCGACGAGUUCAUUCGUCACAACCAUGGCAACUCGGCUCUGCUCGAAGGCGGACGGAAGCUGGGCUUCAGCGCAAAGCCUGUGCCACAGAACACGGGUAACUGCGAGCAUCACGAUGGGCACUGCGCGAUGGGUUGCUGGAGGGGAGAGAAGCAAGGCCCGGUGAACGGAUGGUUCCCAGACGCAGCCCAGUGCGGGGCCAAAUUUAUCCAAGGAUUCAAGGUUGACAGGGUGCUUUUCGCGAAGAAGGGUAAACAUGUUGCUCGUGGCGUUAUAGGAACCUGGACACCGAAGAACUCCAAGGAUACGACACCUAGAGUGGUGACCAUCAAGGCCAAGAGAGUUGUUAUUUCUGCAGGAAGUCUAUGCAGCCCCAUCAUCUUGAAGAACAGCGGACUGAAGGCAAGCAAUGGAACAAGCAUAUCGGUCGCAAUUUGCAUCUGCAUCCAACGACAUUCGUGGGGGGCGUUUUCGAACAAGAGACGCGCCCAUGGGAAGGCAAGCGGAAUUCUCACGUCUGUAGUAACGAGCCUCGACAAUCUGGAUGGUAAAGGCCACGGUGUUAAGCUAGAGCGUGUCUCAAUGAUACCUUCCAUGGCUCUUCCCUGGUUGAAUUGGACCUCUGGACUUGACUAUAAACUAUUGUUAUCCAAAUAUCGCCACAUGGAGAUAUUCAUUGCCAUUACACGAGAUCGUGACGCUGGCCAAGUUCUCAUUGACCCGACACGAGGCACGCCUCGUGUGGCUUAUACACCCUCCAAAUUCGAUACCCGCUCAAAUCUGACGGGCAUGAUCGCCUUGGCAAAGAUCCUCUACGUCCAAGGUGCCCGAGAAAUUCAUCCCGCCCUCCCAGGCCUUCGGCCGUUUAUCCGCGCACAGGAAGGACCUGAAAAUCCUGUUGAUGACUCUGCGGGCAUCACGGAUGAGAGAUUCCAAUCUUGGCUCAAGGAGAUGGCGGCACACGGAAACAAGACGCCGGAAACGCCAUUUUGCUCGGCUCACCAGAUGAGCUCCUGCCGCAUGAGCGCUAAGGAAAGCGAGGGUGUCGUUGAUGAGUUUGGCAAAGUUUGGGGCUUUGAAGGGUUGUAUGUCGCUGAUGCGAGCGUUCUUCCUAGCGCCAGUGGAGUAAACCCCAUGGUCACCAUCAUGGCAAUCUGUGAACGGAUUGGUUCGGCCAUUGCCAAAGACUUGGCAUUGGAGAGGCAGGAGACGGCUAGAAUUUGA